ACCGUCACGAUGCAAGAUGGCGACGUCCAUGGCUCAGAACAAACUUCCCUUCCUGAAAGAGCAAAUGGCAGCUGCUUUAGGAAAAAGCAGCGUCGUCGUGAAAUUCGUAGCAGUGUCUGUGACACUUGGCUACCUUCUCUCAUUUCUGUCAAAUGUAGUGUCGUUCAUAACCAUAAAUCCAGGCUUCGCAAUGCCUCCCAAUUUUAGUUUUUACUCGUUUUUCACCUACUGUUUCAUUGAGUUUCAUUUCUGGGAUGUUCUCAUCGAUAUUGCGGUCGUCAUUCUGUGUGGCAAGCUGUUGGAGCCUUUGUGGGGUGCUUUGGACAUGCUCAUCUUUUUCCUGAUCGUCAAUGUUGCUGUUGGAAUCCUCACAGCAAUGUGUUAUUUGCUUGUCUACCUAGUUACCGAGGACGAGCGAAUCUUGUUCACAGUGAAUAUUCAUGGAAUGGCAGGUUAUAUUGCUGGAUUUUCUGUGGCAGUGAAACAAGUGAUGCCAGAUCACAUUUUAGUUACAUCCCCAUUUGGCAAACUGAGAAACACUCACAUUCCACUUUUGCUAUUCAUCAUUUCUAUCAUUCUCCAACUGGUUCACGCGCUGGAUGGACCGUACCCAAUCUUGUUUGGAUGGGGGAUUGUUGUCUCUUGGGUGUACCUGAGGUUCUACCAGAAACACAGCAAUGGGAACAGAGGAGACAUGGCUGAUAAUUUUACGUUUGCCAGCUUCUUUCCACGACAAGUUCAACCAUUGAUAGCCAUAUUGUCAAAUACCAUCUUCAUGGGACUGGUGAAGAUUAAGCUGUGUAAGAAACCGCAGAGGCGAUAUGAUGUGAGCUCCCCAUCAACUAUCACCAUCAGCCUCCCUGGGACAGACCCACAGGAUGCCGAGAGAAGGAGGCAAGUGGCUCUGAAGGCUCUCAAUGAGAGGCUGAGUAAGAGUGACAGUCCUGCCAACUGGCCGUCCAUGGAUGAUGAAGGGGCCAGCACCGAGCAGUCAGAGAACUCCUCCCCAGAGAAAAGCGUCAAGCCAGCUCCUGUCACAGUCCCAGUGCCUGAAAAAUCAGCAACAACUGACCAACUUCCUGUUCCAAACUUUGCAGAGAAUGCUCGAGAAGCCGCACAGGAGAAGACAUAGAUAGGAAGCUGAUGUGUGUAGUUGUGUGAGACUGUGAUUUGUAUGGGUGUGAUGAAGGUUUGUGUAUGGACUCUGCCUAACUAUCAGAUUACACUGGGAAGAUUAGAAUAGUAACACUGAACAGAUUGUCUGAAGAAAUCUUCAGUUGUCAGGUCCCACAUUGGCAUUGCCUUGUGUAACAUUUUUGCAUGUGCUAUUUUGUCUUGUAGCUGGUUCCCUCCAGCCGACCAGAUCACAGAUUAGAGUAGGUGGCCAUUACAGGUGCCCUCGAGCUGUCUAGCUGUCUAGCUGACAGGUCAGGUCAGGUCUCAGAACAGGUACCCUCUGCUAUCUCAAGCCAAGAUCAGAGCUGGUCACCUAUAUAUAGGACCACUGCAUUAUUCUUCUUAAUCCAUGCGAUACAGGAGAUAAGAUGCUCACUUGAACAUUUAAUGUCCCUAUAAUCAGAUGAGUUUAAGAUGGUCAUCAAGUCCUGCAAAAAGACUGGUGGACCUAGAGUAGCACAUGGUCUAAAUACAUCAUGAUGGAAUUCUCUUGAACAUACCACUCCAAACAAACAGUUGAGUCUCGAUAUGACUGCAAUAUAGCCGACGUGACAUUAAAUUUGAACUCAUUCACUCACAAACAGUUUAUUGAGAUGGCAUUGUAAUGCUCCGCAGCAUUAGAAAUUGGCACUAGUCCUAUAACUAUUGCCAAAUUGCCCAAUAGUUAAGGUAUCAUAAGGACAAGUACAAAUAUGCCUUUUUGAGGGUUUUGCUAUAUGUUUUCAUCAUAGGGACAAGUGGACUAAUACUUAGUUUCUGACACUGCUCUUUAGUUUUGUUAUGAAAGUCCACACUCAAGUCAUUUAUUAAAUGGCUUCACGAAUGCUUCUUCCACUUGUUUAAGUAUAUAAACCACAUAUACAUGUAAUAUCAUAAAAAUGCCAAAAUGAAACCAAUGAUGGACAUAAACUUUCUUUUAUAGUCUUUUCAGACAACCAAGCAUUGGCAAAAGCCAUGUUUUUUCAGCCUUUUCAACUGUGAUUUAGGAUAAUCUGUUCAGUGAACCUUUUUGUGAAGGGUAACUUUAUGAGCUUUCUUCUUCUACAUGUGGGUUCCUUUGUUGCAGGCUCUUCACAAUGUUAUUACCGUAUAUGCUCUACCAUAUGUAAAUGCUCUUAAAUGUUCUGUACACCAAGUUUCAGUGAACACCACUUAGGAAGUAUUAAGCAUGUGAACACAUACCUCUUUCCCCAUAAUAAGCACUUUGUGCUUUAAGAAAAUGUACAAAGGGAGGCACUUAUAUUUUUUUUAAACUGUACGCAAGAACUUAAAUUUGUUUUCAGAGAUGGAGUUAUCAAAGAAACUAAAAUGAUUUUGAUAAUAGUUACAAUGCAAUUAUAUCCCCUUCUAUGAUACAGUUUUCUGCGCAAGAAAAUACAAACUUUCAUGUUAGUUUUCGGUCUUAGUAGGGAGCGCUUAUAAAGCUUACUGGUCUAGUAUUUGGUCAGGGCGCUUACUAUGGCAAAUAGGGUAGUUAACACCUGGAAAUCUUAAAGCUGGUGUGUAAUUGACAUGUCUGAGAACAGAUAGACGGUAGUUCAGCUUUUAGUUAUUAUAUGCUAAUGCCUGUCACUCAUUGCAUAUAAGACUGAUAAGUCAUAUAUAUAUUUGAUACAUUACGAACAUUCAUUGAGCAUCGGUGUUUUGAGGGUUUAUGCUCAAAUUUGCAUCUAUUUUUGCAGGUGUUGCUUUCUUCUUGAGCAAUGUUUCAUUGGUCAGCAUUUGUGUGUGAAGCUUUUCAGCAGCAGAUUUGAAAUGGAUAUUUCAUUUGCCAUAUUUUGAAUUUUAUUAAGAUUUGAAUCUCUUUUUGUUCAAAAUCUCAGUAAAGAAAUGAUUGGAGACAUUUUUGAAUUAUGAAGAUAAUAUAAGAUUCCAUCCUUAGUUUGGUACAUUUUACGUCUGAACAAGCCAUGUGUGCACAGAUCCUGCUCGCCUCAACUCCCAAAGUAUGUCAAGUCAACAGGGACUCAGUCUCAUUAAAAUAGGAUCUUUUACACCGAUGCCUUUCUUCUAGAGCAUCUGAGGACCCCUCUAUCAUGUCCAUACGAGAUUGCGAUAACUUUUUAAUCUACCAAUAAGUUUCAAGGCAUCUCAAUUCUCUGUGUGAGUGAGCCAAGCAUCAGACAAACACUUCUGUAUCCUGAAAAUGCAUUCCGAAUGCAAAAACAACAAGCAUUGUUAUAUUGUUGUGGAUAUUAUAGGCCAUUUAUUUCUAAUAACUUGGUUUAUGGAUAUAUUCUACAAAAUUCACUGUAGUUGGUUGAAAUGAGAAUAAAAUAAAAAUUCAAAAAUAAAAAUUAUUUUGGGGGCAAUAUGUGAUAUUUCUUGUCAGGUAGGGUUAAUUUUUUGUUAAAAAGUUCUAUUGAGUAUGAUGUAAGAAAAAAUAAACUCCUGUGUCACUCUGCCAUUGAAAACUCAAUCUGCAGGGUUGUUGGGUUUUUUUCAUUUGAGGCAGAUACUUUGAUGUUUCUCUCAGCAGUAAUGAAAAUGUUUGCUAGUUAUUUUUGUUUUUUGAAAUAUAGUGUCCGUGCACCUGUAAACCAGUUUAUGAAAAAGAAAUCCCCUUUUAACAACAGGUCGUGGCCAUGGCCUCUAAACACAAAAGGGUGUACUGUCAAGGAUUUGUUUUGUUUUCUGUGGUAGUUUACUGAGAUUGAAAUUUUGAAAUAGAGGUGUAAAGAAAUUAAGCUGAAUUGUUUGAGAAUGCUGACAUUGAUCGGCUCAAGAACAUCCUUUAGACUGGGCGGUCAGAGUUUGCUGAGUGUUCACCUGACGCAAUCACUUGUGGAGGUGUUGUCAGAUUUUCAUGGAUAGAGGUAUCGUAUCCAAGUAAAAGAUCUGAUAUGACUGAGAUUGGCAUGGGACUUACAUAAAUAAGUAUGAAUCUGAAAUACACUGUCCGUGUUGCUGCAUGUUAUUGAGGGAAAUAUGUAAAUGCAAACAUAUUUAUUCAUUUACUCAAAUCAUUGCACACUAACCUGUAGAAACUAUUAUGAUUUUACAUAAGAUGGACGUUUUAUCCAUACGUGGUUAAAAUAUAUUCAAAAGUUGAAUGCUAAUGAUUAUAAUUUUAUGCAAAACUGUUGACACAAUGGGCAAUAUUGAAGCUAAAUGAUUGGUGGUUAGUAAUCCAACCCUAACAGAGCCAAUAUACGAUUUUCACCCAGUAAUUACAAUGUCAAGACCUGACGUGAAAUGGACUAUAUUGUUUCCUGCAGCUGUGCCCUUUCCCCUGAAUCUUAAAAUAUUAUACCAGUACACUGUUUAAGAUCAGCUGAUUUUAAACUUAUGCCCAUGUAAUAAAAUUGUAAACUGAAAAAGAACAUUUAGAUUUUCAAAUCUUAACAAAUUUUGAAAAUAAUUAAAAAUUUGUGAAUUUAAAAGAUAUCAAAAUUUAGAGAUUGUGUUGCUUCCAACUAUAUGUUGUUAUACUUAACAUUUGUUUUGCAAAGACCAUAAGCCACAUUGUGGACAACUGGUUGUAGAUAGGCUGUAUUUAUCCUGUAUUUAUCUAGUUACCCUUAGAUCAUUGUACCUGUAGAUACUUGUCAAGACCAUUGUAUUUAUUUCGCCAUCAAUGAAAGCAAAUUGAGUGCAGAAGCAGAACUGGUAGAAAAAUGAUGUUUAUUGAGCCGUUCUAAGGUAGAUUAUUUCCCCUUACAAUGUUAACGUUAUAUGGUUAUGUUAUCUAUUUAAUCAUGCUGAUGUCUUUGUUUACAAGGAGUGCUGGGUGUACAUACAGUUUGGUGUUGUUUAUUUCUUCAUAAUGUGAUUUUAUGAAAUUCUGUACAUAUAUUAAGUGUAUAAUUUACAGGUUUGUAUAAAAUCAUGAGACGUGAUGAGUCAUGGCAUUGCUUUACCCAUUUUCAAACCUUUAAUUCUAGCUUGUUUCGCUGAAUUAGACCAAUCUGAUCAGCAGCUGAAUAUUCAACGCCUGCAGUUGACACAUCUUUUUACAUGGAGACAUUGGUAAACAUGAAAUAGUGUGUUGUUGUUGUUGUUUUUCCUCUACGUGACCAAUAUUGCAUUCAUUAAUUUGAAAUUAUGUUAUGGGAAAGAGUUUAGCUUUAAAAAUGGUUUUAGUGAGAAGGCCUUAAGGCAGUUUUUUUUUAAAUCUUUAGGGUCAGAUAGGUUUCAUUGCUUGUUGCAUUGAUAGCAGAGCAAUAAAUUAGAAUACAUCGUAAAUAUUUGAUUACUAACCAACCAGAUCCAAAGAAACACCCCCAAGUUAUGAGUUAGCUCCAUUGCAAAUAAGUUUCAGCUGAAAAGGAAAGUAUCCAUUCUCAUCCCUGAAAAUAUGAUAGAAAAGAAGAUAAAAAUUGAUUUUUUGGCUGUAUUAAAAAAUACAUAUAUGCAAAUGUGGUAAAUGUUUUUAAUUCAUCAAAUGAAAAAGUCUUUUGUUACUGCAUUCGUAGAAAGAAUAACAAACCAAUUUCAGACAGAAGCCAAAACAUCUUCUGUCAAGACACUAAUCAGGUAACUUUAGUAGUCAGUAUUUUCCCCCUGCUAAACUGGCAACCCUUUUGUGGGUUUGUCUUGCCAUGAUCUUGCUGCAUGCUUCUGUAGCUAGCCUGGGCCCCGCUCACCAGACUUGUUGGAAUAUUUGUGGUGUAUGAUUAGACUGUGCUGUUAGUCAUAACCAUUGGUGCAGCUUUCUUUCCAGCAGAGUCCGGACUGCAGUGGCGCCUUGUUUUUCUGGACCCUUUAGUCCAGAGACUAGGGCAGGGACGGGUCCAAAUUUAAUACCCGGGUACCCAUCACCCUAUUACCCGACCCUACCCGGGUACCCGUUGUAGAUAUUUAGAUAUAGGUACAAACUGUCCGAUUUGGAAAGGUUUGACCGUAACCCUGGCAAAAUGUAUAUAGAGACAUGUGUAAAACGAUCCGCUCAUGCAUACACUAAUGCAUGAAGUUUUAUCUUUAUUCAAACAUAUAAAAGUAAGAAGGAAUGGGUGCAUUGUCAGAAAGAAAAGGGAAUAUUAGUGACUUAUAGUGUAACCAUAGAGUUUUAGAUAAUUUUUGUCAUUAAACAAUAUAUAUCACGUGACUAAUCACGGGUCCGGGUAGUCCUGUGGGUACCCGGGUUCUACUGAGGACCCACCUGAUCCGAGUACCCGAGUUACCCGUCCCAGCCCUACCAGAGACCUUGUACUUUGGACAAGUUUAGAGCAACAAUACAUAUUUGCAGCACCAUUAUAACUCUUGAUUGGUAAUUUGGACAAUGAGUGACGUAGUCUGGAUAUACAAGGUUUCACUGAACAUAGUUUAAAUAGUAAAGUAAAAAUACAUUUCUUUUCAUAAUAUUAGCCUACAUAGAUGUGGAAAUCAGAUAAGAUGACCUUGGAAAUGAACGUAACCAUGGUAACAUUGAGUAAAGGAAGUGGACACACUAGAUGUCCCUUUUCACAUCCUUCACUCCACAUGUGUGAAGUCGGAAAUAUCCAAUCACCAACAAGCCGUAAUGGUUGAUGGUGUCUGUGUAUUUGAGACUGCGAGAUGACACGUCUUUAGACCAGUAAUGUAUAUAUGUGCUUACAGUUGUAACCCUGUGUACAUUCUUGUGUGUAUAAUACCAGUAUAUACUGUCAUGUUCUAUGUGCCAGUGGCCUUUCACGGAAAUCAUUUCAGAAUUGAUUUCAGUAUUUUCUGCAAAUAUAUUGAAGUCCGUUCUCUUGUGAAUAAGUAAGUCGACAAUAAUACAUUCACAGACUGCUUAUUUUAUUAUUAACACAAGAAGAGUGCAGAUAAUACAAAAUCAGUGACAUCGUUUAGUGAGAUAAUGCAAUUCAUGCCCCGCCUACUCUUUUGUCGGCCAGUCAGGAAACAGUAGAAACAGUAUAAACACAAAAAUAAUUGUUUGUUAAGCCAAUCAAAUUACAUAGAAUGACUUGCAAUUUAUUUAUUAAAACAUAUUUAAAAUAGAUUUAGUACAGAUGACAGCUUUGUCUUGCGUUUUUGGUGAUAAUACUUGAAUAGAAUUGGUUUUGUCCCUUAUCAUGACCAGGGUACAGUUAUAAUUCUUUAUUUACAUUCCUAAAAAUGAAACAAGAAAAGAUAAACGGGUGAGAAUCUUCUGCAGAUCCAGGAAUUUUAAUUAUCACAAAUUUGUUAAAAUCUGAUAGCUUCAGGGGGGCCAAGCCCCCCUUAAUCCCCAUAAACACCCCCAAAUUAUGUAUCACACUCUAUUGAAAAGAAAUUUUAUCUGAAAAGGAAAAUAUCCAUUCCCAUCGCUGGAUAGAGAAAAUACAAUUUUAAAAGACAUUUGUUUUGGAUACUUGCCACUGUUUAUUUCCUUUUGAAAACACUUGGAAAUAUUGCAGUGAGAGUGGGGAGGGUAGGUAACAAAAAUAAUUAAUAAUAAUAAUAAUAAUAGUCCAUUGACAUAGCUCUGAACUCCAUGCAUAAGCAUGUUCUAAGCACUUAGACAUAAUUACCCCAGUCAGUGGAUCAGUAUGCACUCGAUAUUCAUUCUCAGCUUCCUGGGGAGUAUACAACUUAAGCUGCCUAACAUAUCACUUAAGGUACUGGUAUUAAAAUAUAACCAUGUUAAUAGCAAGAAAACCAGAUGAGCAUUAACAACGUGUGGGUAUGAUUUCACAAGAUAGAAAUGUUUCUGACUAUUUAUGUUCAUGUACAAGUUGCUGUAAAGUUGUUUGGUACAAAUCUGUUAUCAUCUGUUCCAAUGGUUUCUACCUGUGUUGUGUCCCCUCAUUGGCUACCAGUCUCUGUACAUAUAGUGUGUAUUAUAUGUAGUCCUUCAAGUGGUUGCUGUCAUAAAGGCAUGGUACACUGUCUGGAAGCAGUAUUUAUAUGUAACCAUGGUAACUGUGGAAAUACAUAAUUUUAUAAUUUUUGUCAAAUACUCUGAAGAGAUGAAUAUAUAAAGUUGCUUGUAAACUAAA